GUUGGCGGGCAAUGAGCGCGCCGGGGUCGGAAACGGGGCUCGAGAUGGUGCAGGCGCGACUGGAAGGCGCGCCCCACAAUGUUCCAGAGGCAGUCGCAGAGGUGGAGGGUUCAAGGCCGAGACCAGCACCUGGGGACCAAUUCCCACCAAGUGCCCCACCACAUGUUGCAGCCCAGGGGCCACCAGGGGAGGUUGGUGACACCAAGGGGGCCACCAAUGAAGGCAGCAUCGAGAUCGACAUGAACGAGGAGAUGUGCACUGGAGUGCAAAACGAAACAUUUUUCGCAGGGAAUGAUCGCCAUGCAUCUGCGGAACUUAGACAAAUGGGCAUGUCCUGCAUCGACAGUCCAUUCUUAUCCAGCGAUCGCCUUGGCGCGAAGUUACCAAUCCAUGGCCUUCCCUGCAGGGAGGCAUGCCAAUGCGAUCGUUGUCUUCGUUGCACACCAGUUCCGCAAGGAAUCUUGCGCAGACAGUCUCCCAUAACUGGAUCGUGCUUCUGCGCAGCAUGGAUGGACCAGGCAGGGAAUGCAGGGUUAGCUGCUGUUGAGGACUGCUUUAAGCACGAGGUUUUGCUGGGUUAA